AUGUCCUCCCAAGCAAUAUCGCCAAUACCUCAAUCUUCGCCGAGCAAGGUCCGCUUCACCCUCCCCAUCGCCUCCUCUUCAACUUCCUUCCAUACCGACGCGGACGAUGACUAUGACUACUCGGACUCGGACUCGGAUGAUCGGGUCUUCUUCGGGUCGCCGAAACAUGGCGAAGAGGAGCUAGUCGCCAGGCUGUCGAGGGCGGUUCCGGCGACGCCGAGGAGUCGGUUGAAGAAGCGGGAUUCGAGGGAGUUUUUGAGGAGACAGACUAUAUUGGUGACUCCUCCGCGCCGCAUGAUGCAUUCGGAAGCUGAGGCAGAGGCUGCUGAGGUGGAUGACCCGGCCGAGGACGGAGAACAGGCAGGGAAGGGGAAGAUAUGGCCAGGCGGCUUUCAUGAACGGAGAGAAACGGGCGGGUCUAGCGAUAUCGACUCUUCUCCCUCCUCCUCGCGGUCGUCCUCCCCUACACCGGCCGUCUACUUCGAGACUCCCGGUCACAAAGCCGAGGAGGACCAUUGCGACCUCACCCUCGACUUUUCCCGCUUCCGGGUAUCCGAAUCCCCGCUGUUAAACACCCGCUCGCCAGUCCGCCCCACACCUAUACGGCGGCCAUCACUCCUCUCCGGCCCGAGCGCGCAAGCGGAAGAUACAAAGUCGGACGCAGAAUCAUCUGCGAGUGAAGGGGAGGAGGAGGACUGGUCAGAGGAUGAAGGGGACGACGAUAGCGAUAAGGAGAAUGCGCCUGCGCCGAUGGAUGGGGCUGCUGUGUCGGAGGAGGAAGAGGUGGUGGAGUAUCCGUUGUUCGAGGGACCGUUGACGGGAGGGAGAGCAGUCGCUAUGGACAGUGAGGAAGAAGAUGAUCUUCGCGAGCUGGAUAUGGGCGGUCUGCGGCUGGGCGACUUUGCAGAUCCCGAGCUGGAUAUGGGGGAUCUGCUCGGUACCGCGUACAACAGCGACUUCGGCUUCUCGAGCCGGGAGCCAAGCGAGGACGGGUUUGGCUCGGAAGGCGGGUCGGCCAGCGCGGAUAUCUCGAUACAUGAGGAUGCGGACGCGGAGACCAUCAAGCUCGUUGCGGACCUUGCUGUGCUGUGCGAGCAUUCCUCUGAGGCGGUCAUUCUCGUAGCUGCGGUCUCAGACGAAGUCGACAUUCCUUCAGCUGUCACCGACAGCCCACCGUCUGACAAGACCAUCCAUAGCCCGCCUACACAUGUAGCUGCUCUCGACACUCCACCAUCCCCCUCACCCUCCUCAGCCAGUCUCGACUCCCCCCUCCCCAUCGCACGCGGUGGGAUAGUCGUCAUCCCAGCCUACCACAGCCCGAUUCGCGCCGAGUCGGCCUCUCCCUUCCGCUCCUUCCCCUCUCCCCGCUCGAUGGAAACCUCCACCCCACCGACACUCGCAAUGGAGACGACCGGUCCAUCUCGCCUUCUCGCGUCAACUAUGCAAUUCUCUCCUCCCUUCUCCUCCUCCACUCUGCCGGACACGUCCAUGACCCCCACGGCCCGCCCAUACAACCCGUUCGACCCCCUACAGCACCAGGCGAAACAAGCCCUCAAAUCGUCCAGCCUCGCCGGAUCGACCGGGACCGGGCCCCCUUCGCUCGCUCUGCCCUCGCCGCUACCUCUACCGGUAGUCGCGUCGACUCGGGAAUUGCCGGAGGAGGAAGCGGCCAAGCGAAGUGAGGCGAUCAAGAAGAACCUGGCGAGCGUAUUUGCGGGCAAGUCGCUCGGACUUGGGGCGCCACAGAGGAGCGUAUCGUCCAGCUCCAGUCAGGGCAGCUCGGCUUCCGCGUCGAGCUCGAUGGGGAUGGGGCGGCCGCCGAGUCGGACUGGCGGGGCUUUCUUGGGGUCAGAAGCGGCGAAGGGAAAGAACAAGGUCACUUUUGCUUCUACCUCUGCUUCAACGGGUCAAGCAGGCCGGUCAGAAAUGGACGGCAAGCGGAAACGACCCAUGCCUACCUCAAGCCUGACCAUGGCCAAGCCGGGUGCCCCAACCGCCGCUUCAGCUCCGCUAUCAUUCGCAGCUAUGCGUCCGGUAAGCGCCUCUAUCGGCGCCCCUAAGCGUCCUCCCACCGCCGCGGCUCCCCCUGCUCGACCCGCGCUCGCUCCACGAGCUUUACCAUCGACUCAGAUUACCGCCCCAACUCGCUCAGUCCCCAAAGGCGCGAUCGCGCGACCCCCUCCACCCGCUAUGGCCGCCCAGCCCGCUAGGGCAGGCCCCCGCCGAUCCCUUCUCGUCAACAUGCCAAUCUACACCUCGACCCUGCCCUCCCCCCCAUCUCCCGACUCCGCUUCGGGCUCUGCACCGAGCUACCCUUCUCACCCAAAUCCACUCAAACGGCCGCUCCCAUUUUCCUCCCAUCCCAUCGCUGCUUCUCGAUCUGCCAUAUCAACCGGUCCUGGUGCGACACGACCCACACUGGGCCUUCCGUCCCGCGUGGUCGGUGAUCAGGUCUUCACGCUGAGCAGCUCGCGUAUGGCGUCUCUCCGCGAGACGUCACCGACUGCGCCUGAAGCAACGGAGUGCGGGGUCGGGUCAUCCUUUGGACCUGCGCCUGCGUUCUUGGUGGGGACCACCGGAGGCGGCGGAGCGAGGUUCCGCUCUCCGGAACGGAUGACGGGGAGGUUAUUGGUUGGUGGUGGAGCCGUGAGGGGUACACCUAUGUCUGUGCGUACCAGCAAGUUCGGAACCCCGUCGCGGAUGAAGCUGGGCACGCCAUCGCGGCCUCAUCUCGGUACGCCUAGCCGGCCGUUCCGUAAAGGCAAUGGCCCCACGAUCCAUGUCUACUCGACCAGGCCUGCGGGGUCUGCCCCUGCUCCUGCCCCAAAAGACGUGGGUGGCGUUUCUGCUUCACCUACCGCUGGCCCUCCCUCCACCAAUACCCGUUACUCCGAGUCUUCAACCAGCGGCCUAAACGGCGUCGGCUCCUCUUCGCUCGGACACCGCGGCUCGAGCGAGGACCACGAGGACGUCUCGUUUCUCCUCCCCAAUAUGGGUGCUGGGUCGAGCGAUACCGCCUCGUCGCCCAUCAAGACGCCCGCAGACGCCAAGGUCAAGUGUUCGGGUACGGACCAUGUCGAGAUCGCCCAUGACAGCCCGGCGGCCCACACUCGCGCUCACGGACGAGACGUCCAUCCUUCCAAACUCGCCUCCUCGCCUCCUCCCAUCCCUUUCCCCUCCAAGGCCCGUCCUAAGCGCACUAUCAAGCCCCCUGCGCCCCCUCGUCCGCUUACAAAACCCACGCCAGCCACGACCCUGUCCAUCGCGCCAAAUCUGUCCGAAAAGGAGCUGAAGGCAAAGACGUUACUCAACACGGCCAAGAAUGAAAAGUACGCCUGUGCGAUCGAUAAGCAGGUGGUUAGGAUCGGUACGGCCCGCCCGCCGAGUCCGACGAGCACCAUCCCGACCACGGAGCAAAGGGAGGAGGAGGCCAAGAAGCGGGAUAGGGAGAUGCGGGCCAAGCGGCGCAAGGGACAGGGCAAAGGUAAAGGGAAGGAAGGGGAGGAGGAGGAUGAAGAGGAAGAGGAAAUAGAAGAGGUGAUGCCGCUUAUAAAGAGGCUGGAGGGGGUGGAGGUGGAUUGGAAAGGGGAUGAAGAAGGGUGGGAUCUGGAUGAAGGGGAGCAGCGGCCGGCAAAGAAGGCGAGAGUGGGAAGUUUGGGUAAGGAGAGGGAGGGGAAGGGGGUAAAGUGGGACAAGGGGUUGGUGGUCAUUCGGGAUUAUGGACUGCCAUAUCCUGAGCGGAAGAAAGGGGAUGCUAAGGGGCCGAGAAGUGUUUUGAAGGUUGGCAAGCAGGUCGAGCUGGAUGCUCACGGCAACGUCCUUGCUUCCCGGCCGAAAGAGACCAUCAAGCCGCACAAGGUCUUCGUUUCUAUCCGUGUUUUCGAAGGUGAAGAGCCCAAUCUGCCGAUCAGCCAAGCGACAAGGGCGAAGAAGAAGGGGUCGGCGUAA